CCAAUCCGGUUUGAGCUAGUUCUUCUUCCAAUGGAACAUUACCGUCGCGCUGCGCUGUAUUAGACUGUACUGGUACAGCUUUAUCCAGAAUAUACCACUGUAUUUUUCUCCUGUAUUGAGCAACAUUUAGCGCUCUUUUCUUAAAAAAAAUAAUAUAUUCACCCCACACAAACCAGCCAUGCCUAAAAGGAGCAAAGCAGGAGGAGAACCAGCGGCCAAGAGGAGAUCACUCAGGUUGAGUGAAAAACCUACACCUGCAAAGGCAGAGGCCAAACCAAAGCCAAAGAAGGUACUUGCUAAGCCUAAGAAAGCCAAGGAGGUGGAGAAGGCCAAGCCCGAAGAGAAAGCACCAGAGGCCCCCGCUGAGAACGGCGAAGCCAAAGCUGAGGAAGAGGCACCAGCUACAGAAGAAACUGAUGAAAAAGACGAUGCGGCAGAAUAACAUCCCUCAAACUACAUCUUUCACCAGUGCUCCCUGUACCUCUUUUCUUGUACAAUUCAGGGGAAUAUUUUUAUCAACUAUUUUCUAAAUACAGGUUUUUUAGUAGUUUGAUUGUAGAGAACACUUUUUUUUAAUGAAAGAAGAAAAAAAGUCAAUUUGGAGACGGGAAUUUCGUCACAUCCCACAAUUUUGCAUCGCCACAAAAAAUCGCGGUCGUUGUUGUUACUGUCAGUGGAUUUCAUUUCAGUUUAAAAUGUGAAGGAGGGGAGGGUGCAGGACAGGUUACCGCGUCGACGCGCAGGCAUGCCGUUCACAGGAGCUGGGGCAACAACCGGAGGAGCUUGUCCGUGUGGAUUACAUUCCAUAUGCUUUAUAAGGGACAGUGUAUGUAAUCUGUGCCAGGGUGGGAUGGACAGUCACAGGGCAACUCAUUGUUUUAUUGUUUAUAAUGAAGAACAGUGUUUUAGAAUGUUUGUAAGCUUUGUUCCUCCAUGUUAACUCUUGUACUCAUGCAGUUUUCUUAAUGAAUCUGAUCAAUAAAGCUAGAAUCCCUAGUACUGGAGCUCUCCUUAUCAGACUG